GUUUUGCUCAACACCUUUACCAUCGCACUGCUGAAGACUGCGACGACGCAAGACCAAAGCCACGCACGCGAGUUUCGGGCCGACCCGACUGCGUCUCUGGCGUAUCCAGCAGUAAAAUGAGCUAGUCCUGGACUAUUUGCACGCCAUCCCAGUCGAAGGGCGAGGAGCUGUCAGUCGCCAGUAGUGCACAGAAAUGGGCACCUUCUCGCGCGCGUCCGCCAGGCGAAGAGCACUGCUCGCGUCGCUUCUGGUGCUUGCAAUCCAUCUUCGUCACGUUGAAGCAUCACGCGUGGUAACCUCGCUGUCGCGGCGGUACGGCCGGCCCAGCAGCUGGACCAGUGGCACCCGGAGCGCAGAUGGCUCUGCAGCUCCUUGUAGCCCGGCACCUGCACCGUCGCCGGCGCCGGCGCCAGCCGACAGCGGUCAGAUAGCCACGCGCUCCAGCUCCACCCAGCAGCGCUCUCGGCACCGGCCGCCCCCUCCACGGCGCCGCACGCGGCCGCCGGCAGCGGCGACGGGCCCCAUCUCUGCAACCUUCGCAGCGCCACCGACGCAGCUGCGGGGCCCCCCGCCUGCAGGACACACGCAGCAGCCCCCCGCCACCCGGGCGCCAGCCCUCGGCCCGGCCCCUGCCUACGCGCCUCCCGCCACCAACCCAGGCUACCCGCCGCCGGCCUACCCUUCCCCAGCCGCCCCCGGCGCCUACCCGCUGCCGCUGGCACUCUCCACGUACCCACCCGACGACAGCUCAGCCCUCGACACCCCCGCAGCGCCCCCGCCGCCCGCGCUACCCCAUCCCCGCCGCCCAGCCUUUCCGCCCUGGCCGCCCUUCCGACCCCGCGCUCCAAAGCUCGUGACUCCAGCCGACGACGACCAACUGCCGCCUGGCGUGGAGGUUGCGGCCGACCCGCCCGUUGCCGCCUGCGCCGCCUGGCACGUGGCGGCCGCCGGGGACACGUGCGCCGCGCUGGCGGAUUCGUACGGCCUGCCGUACGGCAGCGGGCUGUACCUUAACGGCCCGUACAGCAGCGGCGCCGGCGGCAGUACCGCCGCCUCCACCAGCGGCGGCGGGAGUGCGGGUGCGGAUGCUGGAAGUAGCGAUGCCGCGGCGGGUUCGGGGCCGGGGCCGGGGUGGACGUGGCUCCAGCGCAUCAACCCGCGACUGGACUGCGCAGCGGGGCCACAGCCCGGCGCGGCGCUGUGCGUGCACCGGGCGCAGCAGUGGCCGCCGCCGCCCGGGGGCUGUGCGCGCGCGCACGUGCUCGCGGACGGCCAGUCGUGCGACCAGGUGCUGCAGAUGUACGGCGCAGGAGCCGGAGGAGGAGGGGGAGGAGGAGGAGGUGGCGGGCUGCUGCCGGGUGGGCUUGAGGAGCUGUAUGACCUCAACCCAGGCCUGGACUGCCGCGGCCUGCUGCGCGGCCUGGUGCUGUGCCUCAAGGCCCGGGCCUAGCGGGGCCGCCGCCCAUUGGCGGACCUAGCGGCGGCAACAGCGGCGGCAACAGCGGCGGCAACAGCGGCGGCAACAGCGCCGCCAGGCAGGCGGGCGCUGCUAGGCAGGAGCAGCUGGGCCGCAGCGGCGGCAACAGCGCACCGGUGGCGCGCCAGCGGCGGCAACCGCCCCGCGGCCAAGCACUGGCGCCGCCAGGCCGCCGAGCGCUGCUGGGCAGUGAGGAGCGCUCUCCCCAGCCCACCCUCGCCGAUGGUGGCUGGCUGGCGGCUUGGUCGCCGGGACUUCAGCACGAGGACGGGAGACAGCGGCGACGGCGCGGCGACAUACAGCGCGUGGCCGCAGCUCCGUGACGGUUGUAGUUGACUUGACGCAGCGGCAUAUUGAUGAUGCAGCAGCGCUGGAUUGCCCCAUUCUCCCACACUGAUUGAACAUUCAUUUUCAUGGUGGGGUGAUACGACCCCCCCCCCCUUAGCAGCUGCGUGACCAGCCGCCAUGCGCCUAUCUAAUCAUCAUUGCCGCGCAUGGCGUGUGACCGUUGCAGCGUAAUGUUGAUCCAUUGCUAGUGCGGUACACAUCUGUCCUAGGCGUGAUGCCGGUUGCGACAAGACCCAAUUGUCCUCUCGGGGUUGCGUAAAUGUUAGGGCCAGCUGUUUUCAACAUCACAGCUGUGCCAAAUAGUCAUAAUUGAGCUGCCGCGUGUCGGCGAUAGUUAACCGUGCAUCGCAUAGAUGCAUGUAUACCGUAAGCGGGCCGCGGCUUUAGCUAAUGAUAGCGCCCUGUUAAGGGGCUUCUGUGAGGCUUUCAUAGUGAUCUGCAACAAAAGGGAUCCGGACUGUGUGCGGUGUUGGUAUUGGACGGAGUACGUACGGGCUCGGCUGUUUGUGGGGCGUGUUGCAAGGCACACGUGGGCAGUCGGUGUUGGUUGUUGCACCUGUGUGUACAUGUACGUGGACGGGGCCCACGUAGUCCUUGCCGUGGGGGUGGAGGCUGAAGGGAGAGGGGAAGGGGUGCCGCUGCAGGCUGACGUGGACUCAAGGAGACGCCUGGACGCGGCAGGGGGGUGUUUUCACGGUAUGCCUGUGCGAAGUAUGUUGCGGCCCGGUACGUGGGCGAGGGGAGUCAGUCAAUGCCGGCAGGCGCGAGACGGCGGUGGUGGUGGCAGAGGUGGCGCGAGGCGGCGCGAUCGGCUCGAAAGCUCUGCGUGGC